AUGCAGCGGCCGGAGGUUCAGGCCGCCAUGCGGUCCAAGCUGAAGUACGAAAGCGCUGCAGAGGCCGCUCAGCGAACGAAGCUGGACAAGCUUGAGCGAAAGCAGCGGAGGUACGAGAUCAUGAACGAAUUGAUGAAAUGUGCAACCAAUGUCAAGCACCUGAUCUCGCCGAUGUUCCGGUAUAAGAUCACACAGCAGUACCUAUGGAAGGUGCUUUGCGAAGCUCGCAAGGAAGGCUUGCUCUUCUGCGACAAGCUUCGGCAGCCGCAAGUCUACCAUAGGCUUCAAGCCAUCAAGGCCGAGAUCACUGCCGGUCCAUACGGCGUUGCCGGCUGGCAGGCGGAAGAAGAGGUGGAAGAGGACCUGAUGGACAAGAUGGUCGUCGAAGCCGACUGUAUUCCAGGUGGUAUUGACGGUGAGGCGCCAGACAGAAAGCAGGUGUUGGACAGACGCGAGAUUCAGGGAGUCCUGGACUUCGGGCAGCGGAUCAAGUCAGAGGGGAAUGAGGCCUUCAUGAACGAGAACUGGGAAGGGGCUCUGACACGGUACUGCCAGGGAGAUGAGAUGCUGAAGAACUUCGCUGCUGAGCCACACCUCGAAAAGGAAAACAAGGAACUGAAGACCAUGCACCGCCAGUGCUUGAACAACAAGGCCAAUGCAGCCCUGAUGACUGAUCAGUGGCAGACGGCUUUGCGGGCGGCAGAUUCUGCCCUCAAGCUGAAGAUGGAUGACGAGAAGGCGUUGUUUCGAAAAGCGCAAGCUCUCGAGGGUCUUGGUCGAACAGAGGAGGCACUGGAGGUGCUCAACGAAGUGGAAGAGAUUGCUGGUGACAUGGACGAGGAGUUCAAGGAACAGAUCCUCGAUGAUGUGCGCGAGCGCAAGGAGGAACUCAAGGCAAUCGAGCGAAAGGCAGCGAAGGACUUCAACAGCAUGUUCAAGGCUAUGGGUGACAAGCAGGUAUUUGGCAGUGGACGCUUCCUCGCGGAUGGCACCUCUCCGCCACCAGCGCUCACAGGCGCAGAAGAACGGAAACUGAAGCGCAUCAAGGAGCAAGAAGAGUACAGGACCGCGAAGGCCAAAUACGAGCUGGAGCAGAGGAGGAAGGAUGAUCCUGAGCUAGCAGCUGACAUUUUCCGGGAUGUGGGCUUCGUGCUGAUACCUGGUGCGGUGAGCGACCAGCACUGCUCUGAGCUGCUGGCGGCAUGUCAAUCGGAGGAAGCUGAGAUUCUGCACAGAGACCCUGCCGGUGUUGGUAAUCGUGGGCACGGUCGAUAUUCCCUGGGUGAGGCUCAGGGCACUGGCCAUCUCCUGCAUCGUGCGGAGUGGGCGUCCUUGGUGGACCUUGAGAAGGUCACUCCCGUCUUGCAGAGGAUCUUUGGCAAGUCCGGCUACGUGUGUGCAGGUGCCGGUGGGGAUUUCGUGCUUCCGAACACCUACGAAUACCAACCGCUGCAUGUGGAUCUGGACUUUCCGGGUUGUCAGCAGCAGUCAGCUUCACCGGUGGUCACCUUGAACGUGCCAUUGCUGCCGCUGACCUGGGAGAACGGUCCAACGCGCCUCAUCCCUGGCACGCACCUCCCUGCUUCCUGGCAACCGCCUCCGCCAGCCUUGGAGCCGGAGGCCUGGAAGCUCUUCACCUUCUGUCCCAUCGCUGCAGGCACCGCCAUCCUGCGUGACAACCGAGCCUGGCACGGAGGGACUCCAAACCUGUCUCAGACAAGCAGGUUCCUGCCAAACGUCGAGUUUGCAGCUGCUUGGUGGUGUGUCGGAUCGACCGACGAGCUGUGGCGGAAUCCUUGGAAGCUUGCUCCACGCUGCAUGCCCAGAGGCAUCUAUGAGAGGUUGUCGCCCUUCGCCAAGCAUGUUUGCAGGCUGGUUGUGACAGACGACCCCUCGCUGAAGUACGGUGUGCGUGAAGGCAAGCCCAUCAUCGACCAGCCGAAGGAGCCCGAGAUGCCCACCCCCAACAGGCCACCUUUUGGAUACCGGUCAGCGGAUCGGACAAGGACCCUCACCAAGGCGCAAGCAGAGCAGCUUCUGGAGGUGAGUGCUUGGAAGUUCUGGCGUGCAAAUGAACGUCUUUCGCUGAAGUGGGCUCUGCUUGUUUCCUGA